UUCAUUUUUUGUUUUUUCUUCUAGUCUCUUCUCACAGUUUUGAUCCUAUGAGCAACAAUAUGUAUACCAUCCAAAAGACACACACAGCAGACAGCAAAGAUGUUAGUACGCUAUGAUUGAGACAAAAUCUUAUGCAUGUGUUAUGGCCUCAAUGAAAAGCUAUAUCAUAAAGUAGAGGAGGUCUGAUUUGAUUUCUCACAUGCUUCAACUUUCUGAUUUCAAAAGCAGGUGUCUGCAGUCGCAGCCGCAGUAGGAAAAUCAAUCAAUGCACCUGAAAUGUACGGAUUACCUUUACUGAUGGCAGCAAAUGCAAUAGAAUACGUUCCCAUGCUUAAACAGAAGAUAGCAUCAGACGCUUUAUUAUUGAAACUGAGAGAACGAAAUGAUAUUGAAGAGCAUCCGACCACUUUACCCAUCCCAUCCGAUUGCUUUCACGAACCAAAAAAUGCUUUAUUUGAUCCAGAAAUUCCAAGACUCAAUCCAGAACACAAAAGCCAAUCUCCAUUUUUAUCCUUCUGGGACUAUCACGAAGCUUACUGUAACUUUACCACCACGCCAACAGAGGUAGCUGAAAAAUUACUAGAGCAAUUAAAAAAAAGCCAACGUAUGAGCUGGGUACGAUUUGUCGCUGAUGAUAUUUUGGAGCAAGCAAAACAAUCUACUGAACGUUACAAGCAAAACGCAUUCAGGAGUCAAAUGGAUGGCUGUUUCAUGUCUGUCAAAGAAGAAGUGGAUAUUCAGGGCUUAGAAACAAAAGUGGGUACUUGUUUUAUUAAUGAUGGCCGGCCUGCUGAAAAAGACGCCACUCUUGUACGAAAAUUAAGAAACGCAGGCGUGAUUAUUGUUGGUUCGGCUGUCAUGAACGAGUUGGGCUGGGAUACCUUCUCUGUCAAUCCGAAUACGGGUAUCCCUAAAAACCCUUAUAAACCCACACAUUCUUGUGGUGGGUCCAGUGGUGGUUCGGGCGGUUGCGUGGCAGGUGGUUUGUUUCCUGUCAGUAUCGGCGCUGAUGGAGGUGGGUCUGUUCGUAUCCCUUCUGCUUUCUGUGGACUGUACGGAUUAAAGACUACACACAGCCGUGUUUCGGCUCAUGGCGGUGCCACCCUCGAUCCUAGUUUAGGGUCCUAUGGGCCAUUAGCUGCUACAGCAGAUGAUAUGACAUUGGCCUAUACCAUCAUCUCUGGUCCUGACAAGAAUGAUGUCAACACAUGGCUACAGCCUCCCGUUUCCUUGCAAAACUACGAUAGAUACCGAGAUUUGUCUGAUAUCACCAUUGGCGUUUUCCCUGGCUGGGGUCAGCAGAUGCUGGAACCCGCCAUUCAUGACAGAUAUGAACUCUUGAAAGAGCAAUUGCUAACACUGGGCGCUCGCAUUACCGAGAUUGAAAUACCAGAUAUUGACCUUGUCGAAACAGGUGAGUACAGAACUUUUGCUUUAAACGUUAUAGCUAUCCCAGUCAUUAACGUAAGUUCUUAUCUUUUUUUUUUUAUUAAAAAAACAAAACAAGCUCAUACUGUUACCAUCUGCAGCGAAAUGUUUAGUUAUGCUUCACGUUUCAGCGAUAACCAUACAAAAUUCCUUCCUCAUACUCGCUUAAUGGCUGCUACAGCUAGUGUAUUGGAUGGCCGGGAUUACGUGAGAGCCCAACAAGUUCGAACGCGUAUGAUGAAUCACCUUCGUCAUCUUUUUGAAGACCAACAGAUUGACUUGAUUCUUUCACCUACUACCGCUUUGGUAGCACCCGAGAUACCUGCAAAAGCCUAUUCGCAUGGUAUGUCCAAUGCCAAGUUAACCAUUCGGUCUAUGGUCUAUUGUAUGCUGGCAAAUUUGACGGGUAUUCCAGCCGUCAAUGUUCCCGUCGGUUUCCAUCCUGAGAAUGGAAUGCCGAUUGGCAUGCAAUUUAUGGCAAAGUGGUGGGACGAAGCGUUAUUAUGUAGAAUAGCAAAGACAUGUGAACUUAGCAUAUCAGGUGUUGAACGUAAACAUCCUCCAUCAGAACACUGGUUUGCGAACGGUUUAUUACCUAUGACAAACAAAUAAACAGAUUUAUCACAUUAUCUGCUGAGGGAACACUGAUGCGAGUAAACUCUUUCUCUAUGCUUCAGCAUCGUCUGCGUAUGAGUAACUUUCUUGUGUCUGAUCAUCUAUACUGCACACAUCACAGAACCAUUUGCCUUCGGGUGGUUCGACGAGUCCGACACAAGUGUAAUGAAACCAUUCUCUGUCACACUAUACCGACAGAAUACAGUAGGUUUGAAGAUGAUUCUAUAUGCAUACAAACACAACGUUUCAGGGUACUUACAUUAGGCCCAUCACAUGCUAUCAUGUCACCGAAUGACACUUGCUUACAAUAACAGUAAAGAGGUUCGUUCAUGUCGUAACCCUCAAGAAUGGCGGAAGAGGAGUUGCUCGUCAUACCAUGCCUCCCAUCUAUACUAGCCAUAUGUUUGUAGAGGAGAGGCCGCU